AUCCACAAUCAUUAAUGUUUCAGAGACUCUGUUCUCCUCUGCUCAGAUUCAACAUUUAGAUGAGACAUCAUCUGAAAGCACUGUUAAGAUGAUUCCAGAGAAGACAACUGCCAAAGAUGUACCAUCAUCAAGUUUUUCUUCAGGUUUGCCAUCUACAGAGUCUGAAGCCUCAGGAGAUGAGACCUCUGAUAUGCUUAACAAAGAGUUCACAACCACAAGUUCUUUACUUUAUACUCCAACCAAAUCAGAUCAUGAACUUACCAAAACAUCAUCUGACAGAACAGAAACAAUCUCAGUGUCCAGCUACACAGAUGCUGAAGUUACAAGAGCUCAGACAACUCAGACACAUAGCAGAGAAACUGUUUCCUCUCUUGAAUCUACUGUAACUAGUACUGUACAUACAAUUUCAUCACCAAACACUUGGGACUCUACGGGAGAAACAGUUACAAGCAAAGAUGUUAAAUCUCAUACCGCAGCAACCACAGCUACUCUAAUGGAGGAGAAAGAUCUGUCAGCAAAACCAUCUGAAUCCACAAUCAUUAAUGUUUCAGAGACUCUGUUCUCCUCCGCUCAGACUGGACAUUUAGAUGAGACAUUAUCUGAAAGCACUGUUACAAUGAUUCCAGAGAAGACAACUGCCAAAGAUGUGCUGUCAACAUCAAGUUUUUCUCCAAGUUUGCCAUCUACAGAGUCUGAAGCUUCAGGAGAUGAGACCUCUGAUAUGUUUAGCAAAGAGUUCACAAUGACGACAACUUCACUUUAUACUCCAACCAAAUCCGACACUGAACUUAUCAAAAAAACAUUAUCUGACAUGACAGAAAAAAUUUCAGUUUCCAGCUCAACAGAUGCUGAAGCUACAAGAGAUCAGACAACUGAGACACAUAGUAGAGAAUCUGUUUCUUCUCUUUAUUCUGCUGUAACUAGUACUGUACAUGCAUUUUCAUCACUGAGCACCAGGGGCUCAAUAGAAGAAACAGUUACAAGUAAAGAUGUCACAUCUCAUUCAGCAACAACCACAGCUACUCUAAUGGAGGAGAAAGAUCUGUCUGCAAAACCAUCUGAAUCUACAAUCAUUAAUGUUUCAGAGACUCUGUUCUCCUCUGUUCAGACUCGACAUUUAGAUGAUAAAUUAUCUGAAAACACUGUUACAGUGAUCUCAGAGAAGACAACUGUCAAAGAUGUACUGUCACCAAGUUUUUCAUCAAGUUUGCCAUCUAGAGAGUCUGAAGCUUCAGGAGAUGAGACCUCUGAUAUGUUUAGCAAAGAGUUCACAACCACAAGUUCUUCACUUUAUGCUCCAUCCAAGUCAGACCAAGAAUCUGCCAAAACAUCAUCUGACACGACAGGAACAAUCUCAGUGUCCAGCUCAACAGAUGCUGAAGCUACAAGCGAUCAGCCACCUGAUGUGCUUAGUAGAGAACCUGUUUCCUCUCUUAACUCUACUGUAACUAAUACUGUACUUACGUUUACAUCAUUAAGCACUGGGGAAUCAACAGGACAAACAGUUACAAGUAAAGAUGUUAAAUCUCAUACAGCAGCAACCACAGCUACUCUAAUGGAGGAGAAAGAUCUGUCAGCAAAACCAUCUGAAUCCACAAUCAUUAAUGUUUCUGAGACUCUGUUCUCUUCUGCCCACACUAGACAUUUAGAUGAGACAUUAUCUGAAAGCACUGUUAAGAUGAUUCCAGAGAAGAGAACUGCCAAAGAUGUACCAUCAUCAAGUUUUUCUUCAAGUUUGCCAUCUACAGAUUCGGAAGCUUCAGGAGAUGAGACCUCUGAUAUGUUUAGCAAAGAGUUCACAACGACAAGUUCUUCACGUUAUACUCCAACCAAAUCAGAUCAUGAAUUUACCAAAACAUUAUCUGACAUGACAGAAAAUAUCUCAGUUUCCAGCUCAGCUGAUGCUGAAGCUACAAGAGAUCAGACAAUUGAGACACAUAGUAGAGAAUCUGUUUUGUCUCUUGACUCUACUGUAACUAGUGCUGUACAUACAUUUUCAUCACUGAGCACCAGGGGCUCAACAGGAGAAACAGUUACAAGUAAAGAUGUUACAUUUCAUUCAGCAACAACCACAGCUUCUCUAAUGGAGGAGAAAGAUAUGUUAGCAAAACCAUCUGAAUCCACAAUCAUUAAUGUUUCAGAGACUCUGUCCUCCUCUCCUCAGACUCGACAUUUAGAUGAGAAAUUAUCUGAAAGCACUGUUACAAUGAUUCCAGAGAAGACAACUGCCAAAGAUGUGCUGUCAACAUUAAGUUUUUCCCCAAGUUUGCCAUCUACAGAGUCUGAAGCUUCAGGAGAUGAGACCUCUGAUAUGUUUAGCAAAGAGUUCACAGCAACAAGUUAUUCACAUUAUUCUUCAACCAAAUCAGACCAUGAACUUACAAAAACAUCAUCUCACACGACAGAAACAAUCUCAGUGUCCAGCUCAACAGAUGCUGAAGCUACAAGAAGUCAGUCAACUGAUGUGCUUACUAGAGAACCUGUUUCCUCUCUUUACUCUGCUGUAACUAAUACUGUACGUAAGUUUACAUCAUUAAGCACUGGGGAAUCAAGAGGAAAAACUGUUACAAAUAAAGAUGUUACAUCACACACAGCAGCAACCACAGCUACUCGAAUGGAGGAGAAAGAUCUGUCAGCAAAACCAUCUGAAUCCACAAUCAUUAAUGUUUCAGAGACUCUGUUCUCCUCUGCUCAGACUGGACAUUUAUAUGAGAAAUUAUCUGAAAGCAUUGUUACAAUGAUCUCAGAGAAGACAACUGCAAAAGAUGUACCGUCAUCAAGUUUUUCUUCAAGUUUGCCAUCUACAGAGUCUGAAGCUUCCGGAGAUGAGACCUCUGAUAUGUUUAGCAAAGAGUUCACAACCACAAGUUCUUCACUUUAUACUCCAUCCAAGUCAGCCCAAGAAUUUACCAAAACAUCAUCUGACAUGGUAGAAAAAAUCUCAGUGUCAAGCUCAACAGAUGCUGAAGCUAAAAUGGAUCAGACAACUGAGACACAUAGUAGAGAAACGGUUUCCUCCCUUGACUCUACUGUAACUAGUACUGUACAUACAUUUUCAUCCAUGAGCACUGGGGACUCAAAAGGAGAAACAGUUACAAGUAAAUAUGUUACAUCACCUAUAGCAACAACCACAGCUACUAUGAUGGAGGACAAAGAUCUGUCAGCAAAACCAUCUGGAUCCACUAUUAUUAAUGUUUCAGAGACUCUGUUCUCCUCUGCUCAUACUGGACAUUUAGAUGAGACAUUAUCUGAAAGCACUGUUACAAUGAUAUUGGAGAAGACGACUGUCAAAGAUGUACUGUCACCAUCAGGUUUUUCUUCAAGUUUGCCAUCUACAGAGUCUGAAGCUUCAGGAGAUGAGACCUCUGAUUUGUUUAGCAAAGAGUUCACAACAAGUUCUUCACUUUAUACUCCAACCAAAUCAGAUCAUGAACUUACCAAAACAUCAUCUGACACAACAGAAACAAUCUCAGUGUCCAGCUCCACAGAUGCUGAAGCAACAAGAGAUCAGACAACUGACCUGACCAAUGCAAACUCAGUGUGGUUCUCAACAAAUAUCCCAAGAAUUAAGCCAACAGAGAGACAUCACACAGAAUCUGUUUCCACUUUUGUCUCUAAUAUCUCAGAAGAAAAAGUUCAGCAAGAGGUUUCCAGUGAUGAAGUCAGAAUUACACUGACAACUAAAGCAUAUGAUCAUUAUAUUGUAGCCACUGAUGAGGCAGAAAUUCAUGAGACUGACCACGAAUCAGAGCCAGCAAAACCUGACAGUUCUUCACAUUCCACUUCAUCAACAAAUGGAUUGUUUUCAAGCACUGUUCAAACUGUAGUUACAGACUUGUCUUCUGAACAAGGUAGUGGAGAUAUUGCAGAAAAUGAAGUGGCUGAAGAUGAUGGCUCUGUUGAAAUAUCAUCUGCUGUUGUAGAAUCAAUACCUCACAUUCCAACACCAUCAGAGGACAAGCCAACUGCUGUUGGUUUUGAGUCAGCUCCUGCUUCUGGAGUGCAGCCAUCAGAAAACAUAACAGCAACAACAAAUUUUACAAUAACUGUAAGUGGAGAACCUAUAGCAAGCUCAUUUUUUACACUCACAGAGGUAGAAGGCUCUGGUCAGCAGACACCAGAGAGGUUCACCACAGCUCCCUCAUCUAUGAUCAGAACAGUCACAAGUCAGGAAGUCAUGACAUCUCAAAGAGAGUUUGCCUCUUCAAUGACUGAAUUUAGAGAAGAACCUAGCUCCCACCAUGCAACAGAAGUAGUUAGCUCAAGUUACACAACAACAGAGCCGGUUAGUACAAGACUCGCAGAGAUCUCAGUGUCUUCUAGACCUUCUCAUACUAUUACUCAAUCACAGUUGACUAAACACACCGCAGAAUCAAUUAUUAGUCAUACUGCAAUUGGAUCAGGUAAACCUAGUCUCACUUUAGUGGCAACAGAAGAUGACAACACCGCACCUUCAGCUAUCCAAACAACGACUGUUCCUUUCAAGCACAUCCAAACAUCAACAGUCACUGCCAGUUACGAAGCAACUUCAGCUCUUCUCAGGACAAAAACAAUGUUUACAUCUUCUAGCAAAAGCCAUAGCAUUCACACAACAAUUUCAUCUGAUGCAGAGGAUGACACAACAGAUGAUGAAGGAUCAGGGGUGUCCCCUGUCAUGCAUGUUUCAUCAGCAGCCAUCAAAACUCAAACUGGUUCUCCUACAGUUCUUAUAACUAGCACUGGCUUCACAGAACUCGACAAAGACAUCACCAUAACACAAAAUUCAAGCCCUAUCACAUCUGCCUUUGUAGACAGAGAAGGCUCUGGUAUUGUAGAAGAUGACCAAGAAACUACUCAACUAGAAGGUUCUGGUGAAGAGGACAGUCUGAGUCCAACAGAGGAAAUGUCUGACAAUUAUACUGAUGAGGCAGAAAUCAGUGAGGCUAACCGCACAUCAGAGCCAGGGAGUUUUGUAAGUUCCUCCCAUUCCACGUCCUUCACAACUAAAUCAACGUUGUUGUCUAGCACUGUCCAAACAGCAGUGAGAUCGUUAUUUACUGAAGGUAGUGAAAUAACAGCUGAAAGUGAAGUGGAUGAAGAUGAUGGCUCUAGUGGUGAAAUAUCCCCAGCAGCUCUUGAGUCAAUUCCUCCUCAAUAUAUACCCUCUGAGGACAAAACAACGUCAACUACAGUCACACAACCACAGAUAACUGAAGCUGCAACACCUGCUGUAAUACUGUCAAGCACAUCUGAGGCUUUAUCAGGUUCUGAGACUCUAAAGAGUACCUUACAGCCAAACACUCCAGAAACCGAUUUAAAUGGGUUUGAAUUAUCAACCACAGAGGAUGACAAGGAAUUUACCUCACCAGGAGAUCCUACUGCUGAGAUAUACAAAACAUCAACAACUAAGGCAUAUGAGGACCUAACUGUAAGAACUGAUGAGGCAGAAGUUGAAGAGAUGGAGAAGAAAACAGGUUUCUCGAGUGCUGCAUCUGUCACUAGCAGUACAGAUUUAACACAUCAGUCAACUUUAUCCCCAUCUCUCUCAUUCCUGACCUCUACCCAGUCAACUCUAAUGCUUGCAACUUCACUUUCAGAGGAUGGUAUUGGGGAAGACUCAACUGAGGGGGAUGGAGCAGAAGAUGAUGGAUCAGGUGAUGAUUCAACUCUUGUGACAUCUUCACCUUUGCUAUCAAGCUCAAAGAUGACAGAAACAACCAUUAGCAUGACACCCUUUAGCUCAGUCAACAGUGGACAGUACAGUAUAGUCAGAGUUGUUUCACAGGGACACACGUUCUCAAGCACAAAUGCUAAAGAUUUCUCGGUCCCAGUGACAGCACCGACAGAGCAGGAGCAUUCUGGAGUUUCUGUCUCAGAUAUAGCAGCCACUAGCUUUACAACUCCUGGAACACCAUCUGGUGUGAUAACAAACCACACUAAAUUGCCUUCUUUCGUGACACCUCAAGAUCCUGUGUCCACCACUACUCCAUUGGUCUUAUCUAAGGACAGUGCUGAUCAGCAAGUCACUCCGACAUGUCCAGUCUUAAUAUUCACAGAGGAGGAGGAAGAUGAAGAUAAGCUACUUUCAACUGUCACAGAGCGUAUAAGAGAUGAUAGCAUCAAACCAGAAGUUUUCACUAAGGAUGACAUGAUUAUUGAUGCAGAUACUUCGUCUGUUUUAGAGCAGGCUUCUCCCUUCGCCCCUACAAUUGUUACAGAAGAAGCAGCUGGGGUAACCCCAGUUGUCAUGACGGCACAACCCUCAAGCUUUAUGACAGAGGAGCCAGAAGGAUCUGGAAUGAAUGGCACUGAGUUACCUCAUUUACGUGUGUCAUUUGAAACCACAACAGACAGGUUAAUAGUUCAACAAACCCAAUCAACCGCAGACAUCCUGCUGAGCAGUUCAACAUAUUUAGAAGAGGACACACAAGCAACACAAUCUCCUGAGGCUACUGAUGCUGAUGUGCCUGAACACACACAAGAUGGUCAGACCUCCACAGAACUUACAGACACUUUGUCUACGGAUGAUUGUAUUCUGGAAACAUCCACUUUAACCCCCAUGACAUCUCAAGUGUCCACUGACAGAAUCACAGAAAUGUUCUCAGCUGAAGAGGACUCAUCUGAAGAUGUAUCAACACAUACUGGAGAUCAUGUAACAUCUGCCCCAUCAAGUUCUGGAGAAAGUGUUUCUUCACAAUAUCCAGGUGAUAUCACAGACUCUGAACAGUCAGUUUCUCCAGUAUUGGAUUUAACAAGCACUGCAUCUUUCCAUAUUGCAUCAAGUGCUAGCAUGACUGAACCUGCCAAAACGACUACAAGUACAUACACAAAAACAGCAGCAACUGAUGAUAAUGACUUAACAGCUGACACAGAGGAAACAGUGUACAUGACAAGUGCUGAUGACAUUGAACUCAGUAGUCCCUCUACCGAUAAGGUAAUUCAGGGAAGUGAAUUAACAAGCACAGAUGUAUCAACUAGAUCUGGUAUUUCAGAGGAAACCACAAGUGCGUUAUUUUCUUCAACAGAUUAUGGCUCAGGUGAUCAAACAAUUGAAAUGGUUACAGGACUGUCUGAUUUAACAGACUCUCCUUUAAUAUCUGAAGAUGAUUUGUUGUCAUCAUCUAUGGAGAGUGAUAUUGUGAUUCACUUUGCAACAACCUCUUUGCCUGAAGCAAUUACAGUAACUGAUGGGGAACCAUAUCACCAAGCUUUGUCUGAGAUGACAGUGACACAUAAACCCAACACAGACAUCAGGAUUGAUGAAGAUGUGCCAUCUCCAUCAACAACCAUUCCCACACCUCUUAUAUCUGCAUCAAAGUUUAAUAUGACUACAGACACAGUAACAUUAGUGGGAUCUCUUUCAUCUACAUCCAUACCAGGGCUGGGUGACAAAACAGGAGCUCCACUUUCCUCUGAGGAAGAGACAGAUGAAAUAAUCGAUUAUGAUACAAAAACUGAACCUUACAUAACAGUAUAUUCCAUACCAGAUUUAAUGAACAAAACAAACACUGACAGUGAGACUGACUUAGACGUUAGCUCAGAAGAUGUCACUAGGAUUUAUGACAUCACCCAACCUGAAGGUGAAAAGAGUUUCCCCACCUCACAGCCUGAUGUUGAGACUGGUUUUGAGACCACCUCACAGCCUGAUGUUGAGACUGGUUUUGAGACCACCUCACAGCCUGAUAGUGAGACUGGUUUUGAGACCACCUCACAGCCUGAUGUUGAGACUGGAUUUGAAACCACCUCACAGCCUGAUGUUGAGACUGGUUUUGAGACCACCUCACAGACUGAUAGUGAGACUGGUUUUGAGACCACCUCACAGCCUGAUGUGGAGACUGGUUUUGAGACCACCUCUCAGCUUGACACUGAAACAAGAUUUGAGACUACCAUGCAACCAGACAUUGAGAGUGAAACUACUUUUGAGAGUGUCUCAAGAACUGAGAGUGAUGCUUCAUUCACCAGCUCACCAAACAGUGGAACAAGUGGUUCAGAGAGAAGCACAUCUGGGGAGGUAAACACCAUAUCUUCCAAUAAGCAUCACACCACAACCAGACUUUCUAAUUUCACAGAUAAACCAAGAUCCGCUGCUAUAAGUGAAGAGAAAUUCUUGGAAGAAAGAGUUGACACAGGAUUCAGCAGCACCAUACAACCUCAAUUUGAUGGUUCUGUAACUUCCAUUAGUUUGAAGAGCUUCUCAGAGGAGGAUUCGGUUAUUAUCUCAUCAUCUGAUGAGGUUCAGGCAGUAAUUCGGUCUACUGCAACAACCUCACCUUUAAUUAUGACACCUGAGUCUGAUAUAAAGAUUGUUAGUAAGGAAACUGCAUCAAGGAAACAAGAGGCAGCUGGUCAGAUUGAGGAAGCUGUAACUCUUACAUCUGAGAUUCCAAUUCAAAAUGAAGAUCAGAUUACAUUGUCAGUACCUACCACCCAGAGCGAGAUUACAACACCAUUUCCCUCCCUUGAAGACCUUUCUGAGGCCACUUUGGUUAAAAGCCCACCUCCAAGUGCACAGAAUGAAAGCACAACACACAGUACAGCAGACCUUCCAUACACAAUGAUCGGGCAGACAUUUGAUAUUCCAGAUGUUCACUCCUGUUCUGAUGAUGUUUGCUUGAAUGGCGGUUCUUGUGUAAAAAUAGGUGGUGUUCAGAUCUGCAGCUGUCCACUUGGAUAUAAUGGUAACCAGUGUGAAAUAGAUAUUGAUGAAUGUCACACAAACCCUUGUCGUAAUGGAGGAACAUGUAUUGAUGGCCUUAACUCAUUCACCUGUGUAUGUCUUCCAAGUUAUGCAGGAGCACUGUGUGAGCAAGACACUGAAACAUGCAGCUACGGCUGGCACAAGUUCCAGGGCCACUGCUACAAAUUCUUUCCUCAUCGGCGUAACUGGGACACAGCAGAGCGUGAAUGUCGUCUCCAGGGGGCACACCUUGCUAGUGUCCUGUCCCAUGAGGAGCAGCAGUACAUCAACCGCCUUGGCCAUGACUACCAGUGGAUCGGUCUGAAUGACAAAAUGUUUGAGAAUGAUUUCCGGUGGACGGAUGGUAGUGUUGUGCAAUAUGAAAACUGGAGACCGAACCAGCCAGACAGUUUCUUUUCCUCAGGGGAGGAUUGUGUGGUAAUGAUCUGGCAUGAGGAUGGCCAGUGGAAUGAUGUUCCCUGCAACUACCACCUCACCUUCACCUGCAAGAAAGGCACAGUGUCCUGCAGUCAGCCUCCUCUUGUCCUUAACGCCCGCACAUUUGGCCAGCUGCGCCCACACUAUGAGAUCAACUCCCUGAUCAGGUACCAGUGCAUGGACGGCUUCAUCCAGAGGCAUGUUCCCACUAUUCGCUGCAGAGGAGACGGCUCAUGGGACUUGCCCAGGAUUUCCUGCAUGAGUCCCUCCAACUUCCAAAGGUCCUAUGCAAGGUAUCAGACAUACAGAGUUUUUCGCAGUCAUCAGAAGAGAUUGGCAGAAAAUUCUGUUGAUGUACCCCAACGACACCAUCGCCAUGGUGUAAAACACAAUUGGACGCAACAAUAGUUGCUCUUUUAACACAACCAGUUUAAUGUAUUUUGAUAGCAUAUGACGGAUCUGCCUGCUGGCUGAAAGAAAAGAUUAUAAAAGAAAAGAUUAUUAAAAGGACCAGCAAGGAGUGGAAUAUCACUGGAAUGAAACAGUGGCUUUUUAUCUUUUUCAGAGAGAUGGUUUUUAAGAACUACAUAAAGGACACAUUCAGCUGGCCUCUGAAAACACAAAAAGAUUAUCUGACCUGCCCUCCAUCUGUUCUGCUUCUUUUGGGGAAUACACAGUGCUUUCGUAAUUUUUAACUCUCAAUCCAGAUGCAAGUGAGCUAUAAUAGUGCAACCUAUUUUAGCUUCUAAACAUAAUGGUACAUUUUGAUACACACUUUGCCGUAUGAUUCUUUCGAUCUUUCUUCAAGUUUACAAGAACCACAGGUGUAUGCAGACAUCCUGCUGCUUACUGAACAAAUGAGAAAUCGUACAUAAGAAUGUGAAAGAAUAUAUAUUUAUAUAGAGAGAGUGAGCAAUGGCUCACAUGGAGUCAGUGUCUGUUGUGGUACAAAAAGGCCAAUAAUAUCAUAAAAAAACUGCACCCAGUGCAGUGGAUGUUUUUGAUAUCUUAAAGUCAACACAAUAUGUUUUAAUACUUUUAAUACAUUGACUUUAAGCUAUUCGCUAUUGAAAAGCCAUGCAGAUUUUAGAUUAUUUAUAGUCCUCUCUUUGAUGUUUCUUUCAAGUGUUUACAAUGCAAAUCUGUUUCACAUACAUUUAAUUCCGCCGUCAGUUAUCUCUAAACCAAAAGAAACUUGCUGUAUGUACUUCACAUAAUUUUCAUCAACUUUCAUGUUUUUCUCAGACAGUUUAAAACUACUUUAAAGAGAAUGUACUUUGUGAGAUGCGUAAAAGACUUGAGCGAGUGUCUUUUUAACAAGAUGCCUAUAAUUUAUUUCUUGAGCUGCUCCUUGUUUUCUCAUUGUUGUAGCGAGAUUGAACAUACUGAGGACUUCACUUGGCCAAACUGCACAUUGAUAGAGUUCAGUAUAUUAGAGUAGAGGACAGUGUGUCAAUAGCUGGCAGUGAUGUGACUAAUAGAUGACAUUUGGAAUUCACAGAAUUUAGAUGGAUUUCAUUAUGACAUUUGGUGUAUAUCAAUGGAUCAAAAGAAGAGGAUUCAUAGUAACAGGUUUAGCAGAAUUUUUAGUUGAACUGGUCAUCCAUUUGUUUAUUCUCAAGCAUUUUUUCUUUAAGAUCUUUUCUUUUGUGUGUUUAC